GGUUGGAAUUUGGAAAUGGGUUUCUUAAAUGCUGGUAAAGUUGGGAUAAGACACCCAGCCCUAAGAAGCCCCCGUAUUUUAGGUUAACCGAGAAAAUGAAGAGAAGAUAUAGGCGCUAAGUCUGGAAAACUGCCGACCCUAAGAGACUAGCGAAUGAAGCAGGGAUUAUCUUAAUUGUCGAAGCCGUGCCAGUUUCCAUAAAAAUAUUUUGGGAGAAACCAAAAGCUUAAUUUAUCACUAGAGAGGAGGCAGAUUGAUUCGAUACAUAGAUAAAUUACAGAGAUCAUUGAUUGAAUGGGAUGAUAAGAGGACAUCAAGAUCUAUUUGGUUCAGAGUUCUCUUAUUGCACAGGACCAGUACAUAUCAGGAGUGCCCUGGAAACAACUAAUUAAGAGGAAACACAUGAUGGGAAAGGAGAAGCAAAAUACUAGGCAUAAUAAGGGGGACAAUAUUUCUGACGCAGUUACUAAUGAGAAUGGUAAGAAAGUUGUUGUUUGUGCUCUUCCUUGUUUUUCGGAAUCUCUCAUUAAGAGGAAAAGAAGCUCAACGGAAAUAUGUGACACACUCAUAAGUAAGACAGUGAAGGAAGUUGCUGUUGUGUCUCCGUAUUCUGUGAAAUCAAUAAAGGGUAAGUCUAAGAGGAGAAGAAGCUCAACAGAAGAUAGAGUUUGUGACACAGCUGUGAGUAUGAUAGAAAAGGAACUUUCUGUUGCGAAAUUUCCCAAGGGUAACAUUAUUGAGUGCAUGAAUAGUGAAUCUGUUGUUGAAGUGGAAGACAAGAACGAGCAUACGAGGAAAAGAAGCUCAAGGAAACGAGAGGGCAAGCCAAAGGUCAAAACGGUCAUUCGUUUUCCAUAUUUGAAUAAUGACAUUCAAAAGAAUACUAAAAAUGAACUUGUUGUGCCGUCAGUGGAGAAACAUGUGGAGCUGGACGAUACAAGAAGUUUACCCGUUGAAGAUGCAAGACAGGAAGCACGGGUCGGCAAUUCUACAAGGGAAAAAAAACUGCAUGGCUUCUCUACAAUUGAUGAAAUUUGCUCUAAUUUUGCAUACACUGGCAUAGAGAAUGACAGUUUGUUUGGGGCUUCAAAACCUUCUUUAUCUGGAAAAAGUACGUGCCAUUCAUUUGUUCCUUGCCAAAGGAGAUCUUCUGGUCAGGUUUGUUUGAAGGGGGAUAAGGGGGUUCAGAGAAAAGUGCACGAAAAUGUACGUGUAAUUUCUCCUUACUUUCUAAAUUCACAGGCUGGUGAAAUAAUAAAAAAUGAAGCCGCUGAUAAUCCUUUUCAUGGUAGUGACUUAGUCCAACACGUUGGUGAAAAUAAGCCUGUUGUAAAGGACAUGAGCUCCACUCGUCUUGAACAGGAAGCACGGGUAGACAAUUCUACAAAGGCAAUGAAACUGCAUGGCUUCUCUACAAUUGAUGAAAUUUGCUCUCAUUUUGCAUACACCGGCGGAAGCUUUGUGAAGGGAAAACACGGGGCUGAAGAUGGUAGGGAUUCUUCUCAAAGGAUCACAAUGCUAGAUAAUGAAAAAUUGAUCGUGCCUUCAAAACUUUCUUUAUUUGGAAAAAGAAACCCCCAUUCAUUUGUUCCUUACCAUAGGAGAUCAUCUGUUCAGGUUGGUUUGAAGGGGGACAAAAAUGUACGCGCUGUUUCUCCUUACUUUCAAAAUUCACGGGCUGGUGAGAUAGUUAAAAAUGAACCUGGUAGUAAUUCUUUUCAUGAGGGUGACUUAUUCCAACAUGAAGGUGAAAAUAGGACUACUCUCAAGGGCAUGAGUAGCACUCUUCUCGAGCGGGAGGCGCCGGUGGACCAUUCUACAUCGGCAAAGAAACUGCAUGACAUCUCUACAACUGAUGAAAUUUUCUCUCAAUUUGCGUACACUGGUGGAAGCUUUCCUAAGCGAAAACAUGGAGCUGAAGAUGUUUGGAAUUCUUCUAAGAGGAUCAGAACUGUAGAGAAUGACAAACUGAGAGGGGUUUCGAAAGCUUCUCUUAUUGGAAAAAACAAGCCCUAUCCAUUUGCUCCUUGCCAAAUGACAUCCUCUGGCCAGGAUGGUUUGAAGGGGGAUACGGGGAUUCAGAGGGAAGUGUACAAUACUGUACGUGUUGUUUCCCGUUACUUUCAAAAGUCACGGGCUGGUGAAAUAGUGAAAAAUGAAGAUCAGCAUCCCCUAGUUGAAACACAAAACUCUUUUAGAAGAAUCCCCCCCUGCUCUCACAAUUUAAAGCAGAAACAGGAGAAUGUAAUUAAUGAUUUGUUGGAGGGAAAAACUGUUUCAACAAAGCCUAAAAAGGGCUCUGCUAAAACUAAACGUGCAGUGUUUAUCAGGCCAACUCUUUCUGCUGCUCAAAAACGUAGUGAAGCUUACUUAAGGAGGAUGCCGGAUAACAAGUGGAAACCACCAACUUCCCUCAGCAAACUUCUUCAAGAAGAUUAUGUUCAUGAUCCAUGGAGGGUGCUGGUGAUUUGCAUUCUUCUUAAUCGGACAACUGGUAAACAGGUAAACAGAAAGAGCAAUGUGAUCCUGGUAGCAGAUGGGGCGAGAUUUUUGGGAUGGAUGUGACAAGUUUGAAAUAUCAAUAUUAAAUUUGCUUCUGCAAUAUUGUUGAAUACUCCAUACUGUAUAUGUUAUGAAAAAUAUUAUUGUGAUAAAUAAAUGGUGUGUUUUAAAUUUUUACGAUUACCAAGUUAAAUACUUUAGUCCGAAAGGGGCUGUAGA